CAGCGAUUGGCCUUAUUGUAGUCCGAGAGCAUCGUUUUCUAAAUAGAUUUAUCCUCCUGCGGCGACCAUGGAGCACAGCGAUCCAGGGCGAGGGGUAUGGAAGUCGAAGCCCGUCCAGAUACCGAAAAGCAAGAUGAACUUGAAUAUCCUCCGGCAAGAAACGCUGAUAGCUCAGAAGAAGAAGGAGAUUGAGGCCAGAAUGGCAGAGCAAGCCAAAGUGAAUGUACAGACCCCGAGCAAACCACUGCCUCCAAGUUUAACCAGUUUUCAUGGACUUUCUUCAAACAACAAGUUUGUGAAUGACGGAAGCUUCUUACAGCAGUUCAUAAGGAUGCAGAAGGACAAACCCACCAAUGUUUCUGGUUCCACCACUGAUGCCAAAACACCCACAGCUUCGACUUCACCUCCAGAAGGAAAUGCGCCGCAGAAAAAGAGCAUUCUUGUUGGCAAGCGGCCUGGCCUUGGGGUCAGUAGCAUGCUUAGUCAGUUCAAGAACUACACGCAAUCCAAGAAGAAUCCUGUUCUCUGCCAGAGGCCGAGCGUCUUUUGUUCUCCAGAUGAAGAAGAUGAGGAAGAAGAGACUGAUUACUCCAGAUUCUUAGAGAUGAAAGUCUCUCCCCCAGGGGAUUCAGACAUCAGACUCAUUAUCGACAAGAUGGCCUCUUUUGUGGCGGAAGGAGGAGCUGAGCUGGAGAGAAAAGCCCAGGAGGACUACAAAGACAAUCCUGUUUUCUCAUUUUUAUACGAUAAGAGCAGCAUGGAGUAUCUCUACUUCAAAAACAGAGUUGCCGUUUUGAGAAAGGAUUUGCUAAGACCUCAGCAUACGUCAGAUAAUGUCUCCCCCCCAGUGGACGCGGAAACCCAGCAGAUGGCCGAGAAGCUGGCCAGGUUUGUGGCCGAGAGUGGCCCUGAGGUGGAAGCCAUUGCAUCUGAGCGUAACCGAGACAACCCUGCCUUCAGUUUUUUAUAUGACCUCCAAAGUCCAGCCCAUCGCUACUACAAAGAGAAAGUACAGGAGUAUCGGGCCGCAGCCUCCCAGAGCGCCUCACCUCUAGCAGCCAAAUCCUGGACAGACCUUCGGCAACCAGCUGCUGCACCAUUACCAGAAGUCUCCCCACCACUGAACCCUGCUUCUCUAGUCCACAUUCAAAGCGGUGACACACCGCCUGUCAAACGGAAGAGAAAGAGUAGAUGGGGGUCUGUGGAUGACAAAGUCGAGUUGCACAUUCCUCCCAUCAUUGUCCCUCUGGAGAUUCAUGUUCCAGAGCCCAACACACCGUGUCUCUCUGUCGAGGAUCUGAAAAAUCUUGGUUACAAAAAGGGGAAGCCUCUUGGUCUGGUAGGAGUAACGGAGCUCUCUGAGGAUCAGAAGAAACAAAUUAAAGAACAGCAAGAGAUGCAAGAGAUGUAUGACAUGAUCAUGAAGCACAAGCGUGCGAUGGCAGAGAUGCAGGUGAUGUGGGAGAAGGCCAUUAGAGACCACCAACAUGAAUAUGACAGUGAUGAAGAAGUGGACCAAAUGGCAGGCACCUGGGAGCAUCGACUUCGACAUAUGGAAAUGGAGAAGACUCGCGAGUGGGCCGAAUCUCUGACAGAUAUGGGGAAAGGGAAACAUUUUAUUGGUGACUUCCUGCCCCCAGAGGAGCUGGAUAAGUUCAUGGAGACCUUCAAGGCACUCAAGGAGGGCCGCGACCCCGACUACACAGAAUACAAAGAGUUUAAGUUGACGGUGGAGAAUCUUGGUUUCCGAAUGCUUAUGAAGAUGGGCUGGAAGGAAGGUGAAGGCCUGGGCAGUGACGGGCAGGGCAUCAAGGCUCCCGUCCACAAGGGAUCUACUGCUGUGAACGGAGCAGGUUUUGGAGUUGACCGUCCAGCUGAGCUCUCGAAAAGUGAUGAUGAGUAUGACGCUUUUAGAAAGAGGAUGAUGCUUGCUUACCGCUUCAGGCCCAACCCACUGGUAAAUGCUGUUCCAUAUUGUUUUCGGUUUGUUGUUGCAGUGUUCUUUACAUUGAAUGUGAUGGCAUGUCCAUACUCAUCUUAAUAUUAUACUUGGCUUUAGAAACGUAUAAUUUCUUCGUUCUUCCUUUUUACCGUGCUGCCGAUUAAUUAAUUUUGAGUUUUUUCUUUUUUCUUUCCACAGAAUAAUCCGCGGAGACCAUAUUACUGAAGUAGAGGACUGUUUGUGUUGAUAGUUGUUCUAGUUUAUCAUAACUUAAAAGCUGUUUUUCGCAGCUAUCACAUCUCUGCUCGGCUGUGAAAUGGACUAUGUUGCAAACAUUUUAAAAUGUGUUUGACGUGUGUACAUUUGUUAGAUUAUCCAUUACAUUUUAGAUUUAAUUUGAGUGAGGGAAAACAAAUCUAAAAUGUUUCUUUAAAUAACUGAUCACCUGUUUUUAUACCAGUUCAAUGUAAUACUGUAACAAACUAAAACAAAAAGGCUCACGUCGCCUGACUUCCAGAAUGAUUUAACUUUUCAGUUUGUUACCAUGUUGUUUCUUUUCAGAGCUUGACUUUGCAUUCUCAACUAUACAGGAGGCUGACAGUAAUGUCUUCGUGCACAAUCUUCUGUAUAAUGUUUGCAUUGAGUCGUUUGUCCCACUGUGCUAUAACUGAUUUUUGAGUCCUGUCAUUAUAUGCUUCAGUGUUCACAAUAAAUAUGGACAUUGACUGAAA